ACAAGAGAGAAUGCCAUUGGAAGGUUUUAGAAUUCUCAAGUCCACUUUUUCCUACUCUGUUAUGACUUGUCAUGUAGUAGGCAGUAGGCGACGAAUUCAAGCGAUUCGUUCAAAUUGGCGUAACGGCGGACUCUCCAUUUAAGCCAAUGAUACGCCUUAUAGGGUAUUGGUGUGGGUGGGUGCUGUAUAUAAUAGAGAUGCGACGAGUUCUAUAAACGGUUUCAUUUCGUAUUGCAGGCGGUCGCAUUCGUCAAAGGAUCGACAAUGUUUUAUCGACUGUUGACCGGCGUGUGCUGCAUGGCAGUGUGCGUACAAGUGAUUUGCAGCGCAGCCAUGAAAGAAAUGAAAGCCCAGAACAAGGAAUUGGUACAGACGCCAGACUCGGCGGUGGAACCCAAGCAGUCUAACAACCAACUGGAACAGCACAGCACCUACAAUUCUGACCUUGACCCUGAGUUCGACAGGUGGCUUUUCAAGUACCUAAACACACACAUUCCGUCCAAAGCACUCAGUCGGAUUACGACAGACAAACGAUUCGGUUUUAUGGGAAGCAGAGGCAAGAAAAGCAGUUACGGAUUUAUGGGAAGCAGAGGCAAGAAAAGGGGUUACGGUUUUAUGGGCAGCAGAGGCAAGAAAAGGGGACACGGUUUUAUGGGAAGCAGAGGCAAGAAAAGCAGUUACGGUUUUAUGGGAAGCAGAGGCAAGAAAAGCAGUUACGGUUUUAUGGGAAGCAGAGGCAAGAAAAGCAGUUACGGCUUUAUGGGCAGCAGAGGCAAGAAAAGGGGUUACGGCUUCAUGGGCAGCAGAGGCAAGAAAAGGGGUUACGGCUUCAUGGGCAGCAGAGGCAAGAAGAGCAAUGACGACCUAACAGACUUUGAAGAUGAGGAAAGUUUUGGCACUGAUAUCACGGGGAACACGUUUGGAUUGAACACACUGACAGAUGGAUAUCAAGACGAAUCAGGUUACACGUCCAAUGACAAACGGGCACCACACUUUGGUUUUCAUGGAGUCAGAGGAUAAAAGAGACGGAAACGGACACUGCAUCCACGACUUCGACCAAACUACAGUAUGAAUACGUAAUGAUGAUAAUGAUGAUGAAGACGACGAUGAUGAUGGUGAUGACGACGUUAGUGACGGUGAAAACUAACGAGACUCCUUGCAACCCAAUUUUGGAAACAUAAUUUCAAAAUAAAACGAGGACGUUGCUCGCCAUGACAACAGAAGAAACCACACCCACAACAUCUACAAUAUAAUGGCACUGUAGUGACGUACGUAUUCUGUAUUUUCCAUCGGAAGAAGAAGAAAAAAAGAAGAACAUUAAAACAACUAAAUACUUUCACUUAUCACCAACAAUAAUGUGUGUGUAUUUAGUUUUAUUUGCAUGCUUCGGGACAGAACAAACUUAAAAUUGAAGAAGACAAAGAACAUUAAUUAAAACAGCUAAAUACUUUCACUUAUCACCAACAAUAAUGUCUGUGUAUUUAGUUUUAUUUGCAUGCUUCAGGACAGAACAAACUUAAAAUUGAAGAAAAGAAAAACAAAAUUAAAACAGCUAAUACUUUCACUUAUUACCAACAAUAAUGUGUGUGUAUUUAGUUUUAUUUGCAUGCUUCAGGACAGAACAAACUUAAAAUUGAAGAAGACAAAGAACAUUAAUUAAAACAGCUAAAUACUUUCACUUAUCACUAACAACAAUGUGUGUGUAUUUAGUUUUAUUUGCAUGCAACGGGACAUAAGAAACUUAAAAUUGAAGAAAAAGAAUUUAAAAAAACCCAUUAGAACAGCUAAAUAAUUUCACUUAUCACAAACAAUAAUGUGUGUGUAUUUAGUUUUAUUUGCAUGCUUCAGGACAGAACAAACUUAAAAUUGAAGAAAAGAAAAACAAAAUUAAAACAGCUAAUACUUUCACUUAUUACCAACAAUAAUGUGUGUGUAUUUAGUUUUAUUUGCAUGCUUCAGGACAGAACAAACUUAAAAUUGAAGAAGACAAAGAACAUUAAUUAAAACAGCUAAAUACUUUCACUUAUCACUAACAACAAUGUGUGUGUAUUUAGUUUUAUUUGCAUGCAACGAGACAUAAGAAACUUAAAAUUGAAGAAAAAGAAUUUUAAAAAAACAUUAGAACAGCUAAAUAAUUUCACUUAUCACAAACAAUAAUGUGUGUGUAUUUAAUUUUAUUUGCAUGCCUUGUGGCACGACAUAUUUAAAAUUGAAGAAUCGACUUCACAAGACUUCAGUCAUAUGACUUUGUUUGUGUUUAUAACUGUUUUCAGACCUUCGGUUUUUUAAUUGUAUUUAAAUAGCGUACUUAUGGAAUAAAAAGUAGUGUGGUGGACAUAUCCCAGUGAAGACUUAUACUCUGUAUAAUGUGACAUCCUAUUACAGUCGUUCUUUCUCUUUGAUACAUAGUCCAUGUUAUAUACUUUACAAUAUCUCCUCUGCUGCAGUCGAACAUUGUGUAUUAAUACCCAUGUUAGGAUUGAAGGGAUCGAGGUGUACGGAACAAAUACAUUGUUUAUUUUGGUCAUUAACAUGUGAUAUCGGCUAGGUUAUUCUAGACACUACUCUAAAGGAAAUAACUAACACUGAUCACUAUUUACAUUUUUAGUCCCGCCCCCCCCCCCCCCCCCCCCCCAAUAUUGGCUUAAAAUGAUUGUCCGCGGCUAGAUUGUUAAUUUGCUGCCGAACACAAAAGGCAAAAUGCCACGCAAAAACAAGCAAUCGAUUUCAUCACUCAAAAUCAACAAUCCAAUUCUCUAAUGGACUUGCGAACAGUGGCCCCUCGCAUAUUAAGGACAUAAUAAAUACAAACCAUAUUCCGCAAAGGUGCGUUGUGUUACAUUAUACUUCUAAAACACCUAUGUAUGAUUAAACCAUAGGACAUUUCAGGACUGUUAUUGAACAUGAUUAUUAUAAUUGGAAAAAAAUGCAAAAGAAAUCUUAAUGAAAUAAAUAGUAUUGUAGAUACGGCAUUCUAGAACUGAUCCAGAGAGUUUGACAUCCAAUAGCGGAUGAUUAAUAAAUCAAUAUGCUCUAGCGGUGUCGUUAAACAAAACAAUCUUCUUUUUAUCCAGCAAAACGAAAAGUAGCAUAUCUUACACAUCCUUUGUAAAUUGAAAUCGUCCUCAACAUAUCUUGGAGAUCACUUCUGAGACUUGUGAUUGGCUGUUCUGAGGUCAUAACCCAUGUGUCCUGGGUAACCAUAAACGGAUGACGUCAUGUUAUUGCAUCAUUUAUAUCUAUUACGUCAUUAACGUCUAAAUCACCCCCCCCCCCCCCCCCUCCGUUAAACUACAUUAAAAAUGCCUUUUUAAUGGCGUGUAAGACAAAGAACAAUACACUGAUGCCCGUUGGAGUCCAUUUAUCUUCUUACGACUCGUGGUUCACAACAGUGUCUAACGCGCUUUCGCUCGUUAGAUACUGUUGGAAAAUAAUCGUCAGAUAUUCAUUCAUUCAGUUCAGCUUAUUUUCAUGUUAUACCUAAUGAAGGUUCAAGCACGCUGUCCUGGGCACACACCUCAGCUAUCUGGGCUGU